GCAGCACAGGGGGGAAAGUAGAUGCUCUCAGUAUAAGAGCCCAGGACAGAGGAGGUGAAAAGUGGAGAACCAAACACUAGUAUCUCUGAGCAGCAUGGCCCCAACAGCACUCUGCUGCCUCACACUCCAGCUAUGGAGCAUUCUCCUCUGUGUGCUUGCACCAGCAGAGGCUGCUCAGCAGCAAGAAGACAGCUUGUACAUGUGGAUUGAUGCUCACCAAGCAAGAGUGUUAAUAGGCUUUGAAGAAGAUAUUUUGAUUGUUUCUGAAGGAAAAAUGGCACCAUUCACUCAUGAUUUUAGGAAGGCACAGCAGAGGAUGCCAGCUAUUCCUGUCAAUAUCCAGGCAAUGAACUUUACAUGGAAAGCCACUGGACAGGCAGAAUAUUUUUAUGAGUUCCUGUCACUUCGCUCUCUGGAUAAAGCAAUUAUGGCAGAUCCCACUGUAAAUAUACCAUUACUGGGCGCUAUCCCACACAAGGCUUCAGUUAUCCAGGUUGGAUUUCCUUGCCUUGGUAAUCAAGAUGGAGUGGCAGCAUUUGAGGUUAAUAUUAUUGUAAUGAAUUCAGAAGGCAAUGUGAUUCUCCAGACACCGCAAAAUGCCAUCUUCUUUAAAACAUGUCAGCAAGCAAAAUGUCCUGGUGGAUGUAGAAAUGGAGGCUUCUGUAAUGAGAGACAUGUUUGUGAGUGUCCAGAUGGGUUCUAUGGACCACACUGUGAAAAAGCACUUUGUAUGCCACGUUGCUUAAAUGGUGGGCUCUGCGUGACUCCAGGAUUGUGCAUCUGUCCUCCAGGGUACUAUGGCAGCAGCUGUGAUAAAGCAAAUUGUACUACAACUUGUCUGAACGGAGGAACGUGCUUCUACCCGGGGAAGUGUAUCUGCCCAUCAGGUUACGAGGGAGAUCACUGUGAAACAAGUAAAUGCCAACAGCCAUGCCGAAAUGGUGGAAAAUGUAGCGGCAAGAACAAAUGCAAAUGUUCCAAGGGCUACCACGGAGAUCUAUGCUCAAAACCUGUUUGUGAACCCUCAUGUGGUUCACAUGGAACUUGUAUUGAACCCAACAAAUGCCAAUGCAAAGAAGGCUGGAAUGGUAGAUUCUGUAACAAACGGUAUGGAGCCAACCUUAUGAAUGCCAUGAGGCCCACAGGUGCCAAAAACAGGCAACACACGCCAUCUCCUAAAAGGACUGAAGACAGGCAUGUUCCUCCUGAGUCUAAUUAUAUCUGGUGAAUGCCAGCAUCUGAAAACUUUUACAGUACGCAAAGUUCACAGCUUCCAUGAAUUUUCCUUUUGUUGAAUGGUAACAUGUUCCCUUACUGGUCUAAAUCUCACUAGCUUUAUCAGCUUUAUCAUUUGAAACCAAUGAUAUAACAAUGAUAUAACAUUGAUAUACAUGUACAUGUGUUAACCAGUAGGUUUCUGUUUUGUCUUGUUGUCUUAGUGGUUCUUACACCCUAUGUAAUAUAUGUCCACUGUUCAGUAUCCUAAUAAUAAACCUAACUUUAAGGAGUGAUAAUGCAGUACUUUUUGGUUUACCAAUUUAUUUUACCUUUGUACAUUUUUAGCUCUCCAUAUGGUGUUUACUUCCUCGCACAUUUGUCCAUAUAUUAAAUAUUAUUAGCAAUGUAAGACAUGGAAAAUGAUUUACAAUAAAUUAAGGUAUUUAUAAUUCAUUCUAAAGGCCGGGCAGAAUCCCUUUUGUGUCUUGAACAAUUGUUUCUAGUAUGUGGCAUAAAAAGAACUAGUAUAUGAAAUGCAGAUUGUGUAAAGACAUUAUUCAUAUAUCAACAAAUAAACAAUAUUCUAUAUAAAA